CACGCUGUAUACACACUAUACAGUGGUUUGUUUCUGUAUCUUACACACACACAAGGGGUGCCUCUCUCUAGCGACAGUUUUCGUCGGUAUGAUGGGCUCAUGCAGUUACUCAAGGAAAAUAAAUGGCCAACUUAAGCUCUCAAAUUCUCUGGACCGUGUGCUGUCGCGCAAGCUAGUUGACAAACUUCACAUUUCGUCAAAGAAAGCAAAACAGGGUAGUGGGAAAUCAAGCCAAAACCAAGCAACGUACAUAAAUAAAUUCCAACAAGGCGAACGUGGCCCGUUGUCUCAUUCCGUAAAAACUCUAGCAUGCGGUGCUAAUUUUUACUUCGGCUCGGAGGCAUUCUUGAAUCCAAUAGCUGUGACUGACGAGCAACAGGCCCAGGGCAAAAAGAAUGCCAUCGAAAUCCUAUUCAAACUGAAGCCCAAGUAUAGGCGGGGAUACUUAUUCUUCAUAUUCAUGUCAUGUACCUCCAAGUUAAGAGCCAUUCCGGAUAUGGACGUGGCCCCGAGAAGUGUUGUGCAUUUGAAAUUGCGGCAAUACGAUGACAAGGAUUUCUAUAGCGGUAUGACUAAGGGCAGGAAGCGCGCAGGCUACAAGAGUGGUGCCUGGUUGGUAGGAUUUCUGCAGGGAGCGUUAGACCUCGCACAAACCGACGCCCAAUUCACGAGGAUAUUGGAGGAGUUGUGUGGCCUCAUGGGCUACGAACAAGGUGUCAUAUUGCCUGAGGAUACUCUGCGAAGAAUAAUCAUUGAGAUAGUCAUGGGACCGUUCGAUUUAGACAGGAGGAUUGUCCAUGCGCAAUCGAACGACUGUCAUGUGUACUAUUAGGGCGAUGUCGUAAUAAUGCAGUGGAUCAUCAAAAUACGUAUACAAAUUUUAUAAUAAUCGAGACAUUGAGCUUUGAAUGAGAGUAGAUGCUCAGUUUACUUCUGUGUAAUGUUUAUAGCAAUCAGCAGAAGUUAUACCAUCAUGCCAUAGGAUAAGUUAAACUGCAGUUUUCAGGACGUAUGUAAUCUGAGCAUCUGCUUUAAUGGGGGAAUAUAUCGACCUACUUCUGAGCGACAAACAAAACAAAAAGUCACGGUGUAUUCAGCCAUGUAUCCUCAGCAAUUUCAAAUUUUCGGUCAUACUACCGAACAGCAAACAACAAAUAAAGUCACCCACUCAGAAGUGUAACUACUCAAAACAUACAUAUUUUCUCAAAGUCCCCAAGUUUUCGGUCCUACAAACAGAACAGCAAAUAACAAAUAAAGUCACCUGCUCAGAGGUGUACCCCGACAUACUUUCUCAAGGAGUUUAAAGUUUUCGGUUCUACUACAGAACAGCAAAUAACAAAUAAA